AUGGCUUCGCAGACUCAAUCGAGUUCGUCCGUAUCGGCCUUUGUGUCUGCACUGAUUUUGAACUUGAUUAUAUUCGCUGUUUUCCUUACAGUCUUUGUUGUCUGUAAAGACAAGUUCAAAAGAGUGUAUCAGCCAAGAUCGACGGUUGACACUGUUCCCAGCAGACUCAAGGCAGAUCCGCAGCCUAGAGGCGCGUUUGCUUGGAUUAGCUUCAUCCUCUCCAAACCAGAAUCCUACAUCAUUGAGAAAGCCGGUGUUGAUGGUUACUUUUUCCUGCGCUAUAUAUUAACCUUCGCCUCGUUAGGAAUUGUCGGUGGUUUAUUCAUAUGGCCAGUGUUGUUUUCCGUCAACGCCACUGGCGGUGCUCACCAGAAAGGGUUUGAUAUCAUCUCGUAUUCUAAUAACGCCGGAAGAUGGAGAUCCUUUGCCCAUGUGUUUUGCUCUUGGUUGUUUUUCGGCUUAGUCAUUUACACAAUUUACAAGGAGUUGAUUUACUACACUAGUUUCAGACACGCUUUGCAGACCACUCCACUGUACUCGUCCUUGAUUUCUUCCAAGACUCUGUUUAUUGACAAUGUUCCAGAUUCAAUGCUAGACGAGGAUACUUUGCACAGACUAUUCCCAGCUGCUGUGAAUGUUUGGUACACCAGAGAUACCAAAGAGUUGCAGGACCUUAUCAAGAAGAGAACCAAACUUUCUGGUAAGCUUGAGAAUAGCAUUGUGAAGGUUGUUGGCAAGGCCAUCAAGCUCAGAACUAAGGCUGCGAAAAAGAACAAGCCAGUUCCCGAGCCAGCCAACGAAAUUACCUCCUACAUUCCAGAAAAGAAGCUUCCAACUUACAAGGAUUCUUGGAUUCCAUUCUUCGGAAAGAAAAAGUCUCUGUUCACUACUGGUAUUGACGAGCUUGGCGAGUAUAACAAGAAAAUUAACGAUGAACAACUGAAGUACCCGGACGGUUUUGAGAAGACUGGCUCCGUGUUCAUUGAAUUUGCCAACCACUUGGAGUUGCAAAGAGCAUACCAAGGUGUUCCAUACUCGAAGGAGCUCAAAUACUCGAGAAGAUUCACUUCUAUUGCUCCUGACGAUGUUGUUUGGGAAAAUUCUGGUCUCACGGCCAAGGUCAGAGCAGGAAAGCGGUCCAUUGCAAUCACGAUUUUGACCUUAUUAAUCAUUUUCUGGGCCAUUCCGGUUGCCGUUGUCGGUGCUAUUUCCAACAUCAACUACUUGACUGAAAAAGUGCACUUCUUGCGUUUCAUCAACAACAUGCCUUCCGUUCUUAUGGGUAUCAUUACAGCUUUGCUCCCAACUAUCGCUCUUGCUGUGCUGAUGAUGUUGCUUCCACCAUUCAUUAGAAAGAUGGGUAAACUAAGUGGAUGCAUGACAGCUCAAAGUGUUGACUUCUGGACUCAGCAAUGGUACUACGGCUUCCAAGUGGUUCAGGUCUUUUUGGUUGCUACCUGUACCUCUGCUGCUGCAUCUUCUGUCUCUGAUGUGAUUGAGAAUCCAUCCAGUGCUAUGCCUUUGCUUGGUCAAAAAUUACCAGCUGCUGCCAACUUCUACAUUUCGUACAUGUUGCUGCAAGGUCUGUCGAUCAGCUCUGGUGCUUUGGCCCAAAUAGUUGGUUUGAUUCUCUCCUUCUUUCUUGGAAGGAUUCUUGAUGGCACCCCAAGAAAGAAGUGGAACCGCUACAAUACAUUGGGAACACCAUCGUGGGGUACAACAUACGCUGCUUUCGGUCUUUUCACGGUCAUUAUGCUUGUUUAUUCAAUCAUCUCGCCAAUCAUUAUUGCCUUUACUACCAUCGCCUAUUUCCUCAUUUACGUUGCAUACCUUUACAACUUGAACUACGUUCUCGAUCGCAAUGUUGACAACAGAGGUCGCAACUACCCUCUGGCCCUGUUCGAAGUCUUUGUUGGCUUGUACCUUGCCGAACUCUGUUUGAUUGCCCUGUUUGUCAUGCCAAAGAACUGGGCAUGCGUGGUCCUGGAGGCAGUCAUGCUGGCAGCUACCGUUGCUGCCCAUCUCUAUUGCAGAUGGAAGUUUGAGCCUCUUCUUGACACCGUGCCAGUCGGCGCCAUGAAAGAGGCCAACGGAGGAAUUGUCGGUGCAUAUCCAAUGAGCGAUCAAGGUCUGCGUCAAAUCCGGGAAGAAGGCCAGACCUACUUUGUCGCUGACGGCUCUGAUUCUUCGAAGUUCUCUGAGUACGGCGGAGGUGCUAAGCAGCACUCGUUGGCCAGCGACAGCCAUACUGCUGCCACCGACUUGGAGAAAAUCGGAACCCUGGACAACGAAGAGAGGCCGUUCAACCAGGCUAACGUUACCGAAGAACAGGUCAAUAAAUUUGAUGCUAGACGUUACGCUAGUGCGUCUUUUGUGAAGGGAUACGUGAACAGAUACUUCAAGCCAAGAACGUACUUGAGCUUCAACUACGUGAGGUCAAUUCUUCCUGUCUCGUGGCAAGACCCAGUUCCUGAUCAAGGUCUGACGUUUAAGGACCCAGCUGCCUCGGUGGAUGAGCCAUACUUGUGGAUCGCACGUGACAGUCAGGGCCUGAGCAGAAGCUUUGUGGAGCGUUGCCAGGGAAAGCUGCUAAUCAGCGAUGAGAACGCCGUUGUGGAAGAUAACGGAAAGAACAGGUACACUGGUCCGCCACCAGACUAUACAGAUAUCCAGAAGGCCUGA